GCCGGUACAUUUGCAUCGCAAUUUCCUUCUAUUGUUCUCUACAACUGUGACUGAUCUCUGUUGCUUCAUAUUAACUCGCAGAAACAUCAUCUCAAACGGAAUUUAUUCGUGUUGUACUUAGUUAUACAUCCCGAAAACUUAAUAUAAACACUAAAGAUGACCAGUCAUGAAAUUAACGAUAGCCAGAUUCAUGUGGCGAAGCAAAACGAAGCCGAAAUCGACAUGAAUGCUAAUGAAGUUGACAAAUGCCUGGACGACAAUUCCCAGAGGGCGACAGACACCAACGACUCUGCAGGUCUUAAUGGUUUCACCGAGGUUCACCAGGUAGAUGGCAUAACACAAAAGUUUAAAAAAAUGGGUCUGCCAAAAAGAACAACAAAGCAACGAACAGAUAAGCAACGAAAAUGGAUGGAAAAAAUGCAUGCUAAUCCCUGGGUGUAUGAAUACAACAUGGAAAAGAAAGGGCGUGCUUUUAUAUUCAACAACUUAGAAUUUGACUACGCGGCAACCGGAAUGCUCAAUCGUGACGGCGCUGACGACGAUGCAGAAGGUCUAUUUGACGCAUUCAGUGAACUUAACUUUAAAGUAAGCACGCAUCCAAACUGCACCUUAGCUACAACACGCGACAUCCUCUAUCAAGCAUCUCAGGAGAUUGAUUAUUCAGAAUAUUCCUCUCUGGUUAUUGUGUUCAUGAGUCACGGUGACGAUGGCGUCCUUUAUGCCACAGAUGGAAAGCUUCCUGUUGAUGAGCUAACAGCUCCGUUUAAGGGCAACGCUUGUCCAUCUCUGGCCGGAAAACCUAAAUUAUUUUUCAUUCAGUCUUGCCGCGGACAAAAAUUUGAUGAGCCCGUUGGGAUUGAUGUUGCUACCGAUGAACCUGAUUCUAAGUCACUCGAAUUUAAGGAAUUUAAGCAGAAGAUCCCUUCGGAGGCAGAUAUUCUUCUUGCAUAUGCCUGUCCACCAAAUUAUUACUCAUUUAGGAGCAAAGAUGACGGAGCCUGGUUCAUUGAAGCAUUGGAAUUCGUUUUAAAAACAUAUGCAACCGACAACUUUGAAAUCCAACAAUUGCUCACAAGAGUUUGUCACAUCGUAGCGUAUGAAUACGAGUCGCGAACUGGCCGUAAAGCGACAACAGGCAAGAAGCAAGUUCCAUAUAUCGUAUCAACACUUACGAAAGAUUUGUAUUUAAGGAGUAGACCUAGUCCGUUGAAAUAAGUUUUUACCGUCUUCAUGGAAAUCUAAUUCUGAACGUGACACUAACCCAGUAUACUCAACUAUGUGCUUGAAAGAAUUACUUAGUUGAAAAACAAUGCACUUUCAAAGCUUAACAAGCUAUUUUUUAUGUUUAAUACUAUGUACAUCAUAAUGAUGAGGUGUAAAGGAUAGAACAAUGCUCUAUUGCCGAGUUUAUCGAAACAGCAACGACGUACAGCAUCUAUGACUUACGAAAGAGACAUUGUAAAUUUGAUAACAUUUCAAGUUUUUAUAGGCACGUAAAAUCUGUUGAUUUAACUUCCUGAGCAAAUUUGAUCUGUUCAGUGUCAAUCAAACUGACCAAUCAGAACAAGGCCAAGAAUACGCGUUUGUUCCAUUUAACCCCCAAAAAAGCACACGUGUUUACGUACAUUGCUUACUGGAAAGGUCCAUUAUGUAUAUACACUUCGAGAUAGGCGGAGGUAUAAACUCAUUAACAUAUAAAAACUAUAGCAAAGGAACUUGUUUAAAUUAUUCUGGCAUUUAGUGCGCUUCUGUUAAUAAUUUGCAAUAAUAAAUUAUUUAAU